GCGCGUCAGAUUUUGCUGGGGCUGGUUUCACGCCCCUCGACAAGGUCAGACUUAAGAUGGCUGCGGUGGGUUCCGUACUGAGGUACGGUUUUCGAGGAGCCCUGGCGUUGCCCCAGCAGCAGCGGGCAUGGAGCUCUGGCGCCGACCAGCUGGGCGGGCUGGGCCAAGGUGCUGGGAAGGGCGGCGGCGGCGGCGGCAGCAUCCGUGAUGCUGGCGGGGCCUUUGGGAAGCGGGAAGCCGCCCUGGAGGAGCGCUAUUUCAGGGAGAAAGGGAACGAACAGUUGGCAGAAUUGAAAAAACAUCAUGAGGAUGAAAUAUACCAUCAGAAGAAAGAAAUAGAGCGCCUGCAGAAGGAAAUUGAACGUCAUAAGUACAAGCUCAAGAAGCUUACUGGUGAUGAUUAAGUAAAUUCAGGCCUUAUUGGUGCGAGAUGUAUCUGGCAUUGCUUUAAAAAUGGUGUCUGCCGACAUCCAAGGUCUUGCUCUUAUCACAGUGUGAAAUAAACUCAUUCUCUUCCUGGCCA